CCAGCACCAGGAGUGAGUCACCUGAGAGACUGAGGAGGGUGAGCUGAGUGGGCCUGGUGGACACAGCGGCCAUUUUACAGUAGGUGUCAGUUCCUGUUGUCUUAAAAACAAUCACUGAAAGUCCUGUGAGAAACUGACAUCCACCUGGAAAAGCCGAGAUCAAACAGGAUUCUGUGAUUGCUUCUUUCUCAAUGAAUUACUAAAAUCGGCGCGCAGCAUGAAAAGCUGGAGCAGGAAAUUCAAGAGACAAGAGCCUGACAGUGUGGUCGGGUCCUCCUCCAGCAAGAGGAACUCCAUUAGUGAUCCACCAGUGCCUGUGUGGGUUACUCACACACCCACACCAGAUAAUAUCACGGAUGAUGAUGAAAACUCCACAGGCCGCACAUGCAGCACUCCACCGUACGCAGAAAGGGAGGAUGCUGACAAAAAAGGGAGCAUGAAAGACAGACUGAAAUCCCUCAUCCCUCAAUCAUGGGGGAGCAUCAUCCAUAAAUGGACAAGGGAGAGUGACAGCUUUAAUGACUCUGAACCCAGCACCACUAGGAUCCAGAUCCUUCCCAAUGGGACCAGGGUGAGCCCUCCUGUAAGUCCCCUGAUCGAGCGCAAGAGCUUGGGAGACUCACUGAGCAACUCCACACAGAGCUCCCAUAAGCCUUUGUUAAGGGACAGCCCCACUGAUGAGUUGUUUCGUCGAGGCCCAGGAGAAGAAUCUCUACUCUCCAGCAUCCACCCUGCAGAGUACUACGCUGAGAAGCUGGAGGUCUAUAAUCAGAAGUACUCUUAUUUGAAAUCCUGGCCAGGCCUGCUCAGACUGCUUGCUGGACUUGAGCUCCUGUUUGGGGGCAUGGUCCUUGCCUGUGUCAUUGCCUACGUCCAGAAAGACAGUGAGUGGUCCAACAGCUACGGACUCUAUAACGGUGCGUACAACAAUGGGCUUGGUGUGUCAGGAUACAGCUACAGGGGCCCCAUGACUCCCUUCAUUCUGGCCGUGGCUGGAGUCUCCUGGAUCAUUACCUUCUGUCUCCUGGUGAUAGGAAUGACUAUGUAUUAUCGCACCAUCCUCCUCGACUCCCCCUGGUGGCCCCUGACGGAGGCCUUCAUUAACGUGGCGCUGUUCCUGCUCUUCAUGGCAGCGGGGAUCGUAUACCUGAAUGACUUGAACCGUGGGGGGCUGUGCUACACGACAAUAGGCAUUAACCCCAUCUUGGCCAACCUGUGUCGCGUCGAUGGAGGCCAGAUGGCGGGAACAGCUUUCAUCUUCAUCAACAUGACGAUGUAUCUCGGAAGCUUCCUGGUAUGUCUGAAGAUGUGGAGGCAUGAGGCCGCACGGAGGGAGAGGGAGUACUUUGAGAACAAGCCUCAGGAGGAGUUCCACCAGUCCAUCCCACUCGCCCCCCGCAAAAACAAACGCAUAUCCUUCAUGGAUGAGAUGGACAAAUCUCGGAGUAAAGAUUACAUCAGGCCACAUGCACUGGUCCCUGAGAACCCAGUCAGUCUGAAGAGAGACACGGCAUCUGAAUACCUUCCCAAAGCUCACAUCGUCCCGGACUACAUCAAGAAGUAUCCAGAGAUCGGAUGUGUGGAAGAACGGGAAAAGUACAAAGCUGUUUUCAACGACCAGUAUCAGGAAUACAAAGACCUUCACCGAGACAUCAGCACCACCCUCAAUAAGUUCAGGGAGCUGGACGCCAUGAUGGCACGACUCGUCAGAGAUGGAAAAAGCCAGGAUCAUCAGAGGAUUCAAAGCAUUUUGAAGACGUAUCAGCAGAAAAAGAGUGCGCCUGGCUUCCUGGAGAAAAAGGAACGCUGCGACUACUUGAAGGCCAAAUUAAGCCACAUCAAAAACAGAAUCCGAACGUUUGACCUGGAGACCGUGGCGAAUAGUGAAACUGCAGUAACGUCCACCAUGUAUGAUAGCCCCCCUGUGUACAGCCCGCCUUACAGCACCACCUCCCAAAGCUUCUAUCCGCCGAGGAGCGUCCAUUCCCCUCAGAGCCAGUAUGUGCCCUACACCUACAAUGUCCCUCCAGACUCCUACUACGUGGAGGAGAAGCCUCAACACUUCUACCGCUGGUUCUCUCCUCCUGGUUUUGUCAAGGUUUUCCAGGGAACCACUGUGCUCAUGUGUUUCCUCAUCUUCGCUUGCGUGGCUUCAACCUUGGUGUGGGACAUGAACGGAUUUGGGUACGGUGGUUACGGUGUUGGGGCCACAGGGAGUGUCGCAGGGACGGGGUCAGGAUAUUAUGGAGGCAGCUACGGCUAUGGCAGCUCCUACAUGACGCCACAGUCUGCCAAGUCGGCUAUGAUCUCCAUGGCAGCCAUCAACUUUUUGGUUUCACUGGGCUUCCUGGUGGGGAGUUUCUCACGUUCCCGGAUGAUGAGGGGAUGCAGGUUUUACCUGACUGUGUUCAUCUGUAAUAUCAUCUUAGCUGUGCUUCAGGGCAUCAUCGACAUUAUCUUUGUGAUUGGGGUGAACCCAAUGUCUCAGAGCUCACAGAGCAUGCUGUACAACCCCAUGCUGAUGAUGUGUCAGAACAUCCAGGGUAGCCCCAGCCUCAGCGGCAGCGUGGGGGCUGGUUUUCCGGGGGGGUUCCCCAUGUACAAUCAAUACCUGCACCACUACUGCUACAUGGACCCUGAGGAGGCGGUAGCGUUAGUGUUGGGUCUGAUGGUGGUGCUGGCUCUGUCCCUGUCUGCUUACUACGCCUACAAGACCCGCAGCAAGAUUUGGCGCCACGGCAAAGCUAACAUCUACUGGGAUGAGCAGCUGGUCAGGCCAUCAGAGGGGCAAGACGUGCAGGACUGGGUGAACCAUGUCGGAGAGGUGCGCAGCACACAGCAGGCGCCAACUGUUGUUUUAUCAGAGAGAGCAGCACCUGACCUCAGGGCGGAGAACAGUGUGGUCUCCUACGGCAACGGAACAGUCAGCAUCCACAGCGAGGGAUAUUAUAAAAGCAAAAGUUUCCCUGCUGACAACAGUAACCACCAUGGUGCUGAGCCUCUGUACCAGAACAGCAGGGUGACAGUUUACUGCAGCAGCUCUUCAGAUGAGACCGACAGCAUCCGGAAGCCUCCUCCUUAUCAUGUGGAGAGGGAGCAGAGGAAUGACCGACAGCCCCAACCUGCUGCUCACGAGAUGGUGGAGUCCCAGUAUGAAACUGGUUACACCACCGGAGACACUGGCAAUGAGCUGGACCGUAACCAAACAGAUUAUCUUUACAGGCUGUACCCAGAGAUAACUUCAGACGAGCAGCGCCAGAAGUACAAGAAGGAGUUUGACGCUGAUCUGGCCCGCUAUAAGAGCCUCUGUGCCGACAUGGAUGACAUCAGUGACCAGAUGCACAAGCUGAGCCGAGAACUGGACAUGUUGCACGAGGGCUCCAUGAAGCACCAGGGAGUGGCAGAGGAGUACAACCGACUGAAAAACCUUAAAAGGACGCCAGAAUAUCAAGCAAAGAAGAAGCAGAGCAAAGACCUUCGGCAAAAGCUUUUCCACAUCAAACGUUUGGUAAAAAUCUUUGACCAAGGUCUUUGUUAGUGUGUUUCAGUGACAAGGAUUUUUCCUACAUUUUCUUCCUUUGCUGUUUGAGUUGUAACAGUUCGGCCCAUAGUAACAUGGCCCUUGUACUGGUCUCACAAUCACUGAACCUCAGCUCUCGAAUAAAGCCAGCUUUGCUCUGUGUGGCUGUAAUUUAAACAGUUCAACAACUGGCACUGUUGUUGCACCUUGUGUAAGAUUUUCCUUUGUUACUUCCCAUGUCAGAUUUAAUGCUUGAUUCUUGAAUAUUACUACUGAAUGUCAGUUUUUAUAUGGAGAUAAUAGCAUGAAUGCAGAUGAAGACAAGACAAAAUGUAAAUAAAGUAACAAUUAAAACUCUU